AUGGAGGUUCCGGUUGGAUUUUUAGCAAAGUUAUGGAGCUUUGUCUCCUUCUUGCCUUUCUUCUUCUUGCUUCUCAUCCCCGGCGUUCUCAAAGGAUUAGUUAUUGGUCCAGUUGUAGUGAGCAUUAUUGUGAUUGGAAACACAACAGUGGUAAUUGGGCUCUGGCCUGCUCAUUUUAUGUGGACUUACUACUCUGUGGCAAAAACCAAAAGGCUUGGAUGGGUUCUGAAGAUUCUGCUAUUAGUGUCGCUGCCGGUGCCUCUGGACCUUUGGCCAAUCAUGACAGUCACAGGAAGCCUCUUGGGUGGGAUAGGGUAUGGAUUCUUUGCUCCCUUGCUUGCAACUUUUGAGGCUGUUGGAGAGAAUGUCACUGACAAGCUUUUCCACUGUUUUGUUGAUGGUUGUCACUCCACAAUUGAGGGAAGCUGCACUGUGGUGCGGGAUUUCACAGAUUUUUGCUUCCACUCGUAUUUCUCCUACAUGGACGAACUGAGUGAGGAAGUACCAGCAGAUGAGAAACCUAUAGACAUCAGGUGA